UUAUUUCUCACAAAAAUAACAAAAUUAAAAUGAAUUAUAAUCAUUCAUUUGAUGUAUCAGCUGAGUUGGGCCAUUUAUUACAAUCCAGCGAAGACUUUGAUGUAAGAAUAACUGUUGGUAAAGACCUAGAUAUUAAGGAAUUUGGUGCACAUUCAAUUAUUUUGCGUGCUAGGUCAGAAUAUUUUCAAAAAGUUCUUUCAAGACAUUGGGCACCAUCUGAUGAAUUCGAACUUCAUAAAUUAACUGAAUGUGCUCAAGAGCACAUAAUAAAAUAUCAUUCAUCAUGGAUAUCUUCUAAUCUCUUAACAUCACUUCAUAUUUUAGAUCAUGACCCUAAAAACUGGAAUGGUCAGGAUCUUGAAGCAUUUAAUGAAUGUGUUUCUCGUUGUAUUCCAUUAAUUAGAUUCUGUCAAAUAUCAAGCAAUGAUUAUUAUCUUAAAGUUCGAAAAGGAUUUAAAAAGAUUAUUCCUGAACAUAUCGACGAACUAGUUCUACAAUAUCAUCUGAAUCCUGGUACUAUUGAUAAGUCUCAAAUUCCUCCACCAAGAGCUCUUAGUAUCACUCUAGAUUCAAAAAAUUCUAAUAGAAGGAUGAGAAAAGCUCUCUGUGAAGUACCAUACGUUGAUGAAAAUCGUAAAACAUUGGAUAGUUUUAUUUUUUCUUUGAAGCUAUCUUAG